AAUAUAGGUUCUCAAUGAAUCACGCAUUGUCGACAGAAAUAACUGAUACUUGAUAUUGUCAUUUGCUUCCGAUUUAAUGUGAGCAACGGAUAUUAAGAUUGUCUAAGGUGUGUUAGCAUUUUACCUUUCUUGGAACAGCUCAAAGUGACCACAAAUAUGUAUACUAGUGAUUCAGUGAAUUAUGGACCAAAUGCAACAAGUUUUGCCUCAAACUACGCAAUAAAUUUAGUUCCUAUGAAUGCAAGCAUAACAAAUGGUACAGGGAUACCUUUGUCCAACUUGUCAUCUUACAUUACAACAGAACUGAAUGGGACGUCGUUAUUAGCAACCGAGGCGUGUGCCCGUCCAGCGUUCCACGAGUUUCCAUCGGAUGCGUUCACGGCGAGUCAGCGUGCUCACGGCGCCAUCGUGUUACAUCUCAUCCUAGUACUCUAUAUGUUCCUGGCUCUCUCAUACGUCUGCGACGACUACUUCGUGGCCUCUCUUGAAAGGAUUUGUGACCGAUUAGGGUUUAGCGAGGACGUUGCCGGAGCAACCUUUAUGGCAGCCGGAAGCUCAAUGCCUGAACUAUUCACAGCAAUCAUAGGUGUGUUCAUUACGAAGGGCGACGUCGGACUGGGCACUAUUGUAGGUUCCGCAGUCUUCAACGUCCUGUUUGUUAUUGGGAUCUGUGGACUGCUUAUCUCCAAGGCACUGACCCUCUCUUGGUGGCCCCUUUGUCGAGAUUCCGUAUGUUACUCCCUUGCAGUCGUGGUUCUCAUACUGGUGGUGUACGAUGCACAGGUCACGUGGUGGGAAUCCGUGCUCAUGCUACUUCUAUAUGGAGCUUACAUUCUUCUUAUGAGGUUCAAUCGGACGAUUCAAAGUAUUGUGUCCGUAAAGUUAAAAUGGCUGACAACAGAAAAGCUAUCGGCCAAUGGUUUUGUUGGCCAACAGCUCAACAAGUGUCAGGGUGACUACGAGCAGUUCGGUGAUGAUGACGAUGUAUUUGGUGCUACAGUAGAACAUACGGAGAUGAAAGAAUGCAAUUCCACUAUUUCCGUAGAUCAUUAUGCAAAAACAGCGAAUAUUAAACUCACAUUCGAGGAGGCCGCCUUCCGGAUGUUAAUGACCUGCAGGUACAGAGGCCGUUGUCGGCUCAGGGCGGCAACGUGGCUUGUCAUAUCGUAUCGGAAACGGAUGCUGACUGACACUGCGUACCAAAAACGACAACUGUUUCAGAAGGCCACCAGAGCAUCCACGUUAAAAUCGUGUGCGAGAUCCGUCAGAAACUGGAUGAGUCUGGCGUCAGAAGGGGAGACACAGGACGCGUGGCGUCAUCGGCCUAGUGCAGAACAGGACGGUUACCUGUCCGUUGCAAAGUGGGCAGUUGCCUUCCCGAUACGCACCAUUCUGUAUUACACCAUCCCCGACUGUAGAAAGCCAGCAUGGGAGAAAUAUUUUAUGGCCACGUUUGCUGUGUCUAUAUUGUGGAUUGCCCUGUUUUCUUACGUCACAGUGUGGAUGGUAACUUACAUCGGGUUCGCUUUCCACAUCCCAGACAGCGUGAUGGGGAUCACGUUCCUAGCGGCCGGAACCAGUGUCCCCGACGCUCUAGCUAGCAUUUACGUCGCCAAACAAGGUAUGGCGGAUAUGGCGGUAUCAAACUGUAUUGGCAGCAACAUCUUCGACAUCCUCAUUGGUCUGUCGUUGCCAUGGUUUCUGCAGACGGCAAUCGCCGAUCCCGGAUCUGUGUCGCCAAUCAACAGUGCUGGUAUGGUGUUCAACAUUAUCCUCCUCUUCCUCACUGUCAUCAUCACGGUUGGUUCCGUGCACGUCUCGGGAUGGACGCUCAACAGGUGCGUUGGCUUCACGUGCCUCGGCACAUACGCCGUGUACUUGGCCUUCGCCAUCAUGAUCGAGUGUAACGUCUUCGGUUUUGUCAACCCACCCAUGUGCAAGGAAUAAUUUGUUGGACUGAAUCAAAGCACCGAGAGAAUAAAGAUCAUUAGAGUACACUUGAAAAUAAAGCGCUUAUAACAUAAAAAAUACUCGUGGUGAGAAUAAACAUUCAAUCAAACGAUAUACGAGUUUAAAACAAAUUACACAGUAAAAUGCUUGAUUGGAACUAAUUUAAGCACGUUCAUUUAUCACAUCACAAAUUGAUUUUGGCAUUGUAGUAGGUGCCAAACUACUAUGAAUGGCCCAUAUAAGCGUAUAGUAUAUACUUUUAAAAAUAAAUUUGGGGAUAACGAUUGUAAAUGUUAUGUAACAUGCGAAGUCGACAGAAAGUCGGUAGCGCGAUUCCAAUUCCAGAGAAAGCUCUUAGAAAUACUGUUGGCCAAACAUCUAAUUUAACUAAUAAUUAAAUUACUUUUGAAAUCUCAUGAUCGUUUUGUGUUUACAUUAAAAAAAAAUACUUCACAACGAAAAAUUGAUUGUAUUGACAUUGGUUUGAAACUUCGAUGCUAAAAAUUGGUAUCAAUUGUUGGCAUACAGUGUGUUUUUUAUUAGUCAAAAACAAAUCUUUAAAAAAAUAAUAACAAACGAAACUUAAAACCAAAAUCACUUGAAAUCGUAAAUCCAGGUCAGAAUGUUCUGUGAACGACAGGCCUGUAGAAGUACAUGUGUUAUAUCGCAUUCAGACAUUGGCAUGUAAAGAUAUAUAUACGAAAAUGGAGAUUAACAAAACACGAACUAUCUUAUCUAUUAAAAGGUCGGCAAACAGGACAAUAUUUUGGCUGCCUAAAAGCACAUUUUUUGUCCAUUAACUGAGCUGUUACCUAAAGGGUUUAAAGUUGUAUUCUAGUAAAAUGGUCCUCAAUAAGUCGGCAAUUUACUAUUUACUUUACGUCAUUUGUAUUGUAGGAAACCUCACGUGUCCGUUAUAGUAUUGUAGCUUAUGCGUACAUAAAAUAUAUAUUGAGUAAUACAGGCCUAACAAGUAUAUAAGUAAAUAAAGCAAAUUUAAAAUGAGAAAACCCGCCACGUUGGAAUUGAAACUGUGGGCUGUGGAUAUUUGAAACGGUUGUAACACUACAUUUAUAAUAUACUUAAAUAUUAAAACAAAAACGUGUGAAUUUUAAAUUGUUUUUCCAGUGCGAUGUUUUCAAAUAAACGCUUCUGUAUAAGCCAAAUGCAUUAAACUAUUGUUAAAUGUUAUUAAAUUGAUUUUGCGACAAUAUAUUUCGUAGAUUAUGCUAUAUUGUACUUACGCUCAAUUGAAGGUCGAUUUGUGUUGUAUGUUUUAUUUUAAAGUAAAUAGACAUCAAAUAUAUAUUUCUAUGUAAGUAAAUAUACAUGAUUUACUAUAUUUUAUUCGCAAACUUAUUAAUUUUGAUCUUAAU